GUGAUUCACUUUUUUUUUUAAGUGGGUGCUUGUACUAUUUUCUUCCUUUCUAGUUAAGAAAACUAUAAACCCUCUAAAUUUUUAAUUUUUUUUUGGAUUAUAAAUUAUGGGUUUUGUUUUUAUAUAUGUUUAGUAUUCUGGGUUAUUAAUGGUUUGAUGAUUUUUGGUGCAGUUGGUUGAUUAUAAUGGAGGGUUUAUUUGUAUCAUCUGAGAUGAAUGAGAGAAUUGCUAGAGAUUCUAGUUUCCUUGAUAAGGUGUUUUCAUGGUCUAUUAAUGACAUCUUCAAUGAUGAAUUCUACGGUGAUAAGAUCCGAAGUAGGUGAAUUUGGAGAUCCCACGUUGCAAAGGGCAAGAAUUGAACCCCUAACGACACACACAUGGAUCACGAUUGUUAGGAAGAUUCCCGAUUCAUUUGAGACAAUAUCAGAGUAUUUCUGCUCUUAUGUUUAUCCUCUAUUAGAAGAGACACGGGUUGACCUUCGUUCAAAUUUAGAGAUAAUAUCAAGGGCACCAUAUGCUGAAAUAGUAUCUUAUGAUAAAUCUAGACGUGACAGAUCACUUAUGUAUGAUGUUCAAAUAGAUGAAUGGAGAAACAGGUUCAAUGACCGAGGCAAGGAGCCAUACAAGACAUUGCCCGGUGAUAUUUUUGUUCUUGUGAAGUCUCGGCCUGAAACAAUAUAUGAUUUGCAAGCGCUGGCCCAAACAUGGGUUUUGGCAUCAGUCACGAAAAUUUCGAAGGAUAAGUCAGAGGACGAGGUAGAUGACAACACUUCAUCAACCUCUUUUACAGUGCAAGCUUCACGAGACAUUGGGGAGAUAGAUGACAGCUACAGCUCCCUUUUUCUGGUAUUUUUGAGGAAUUGCACCACAAAUAAAAGAAUAUGGAAUGCCCUGCACAUGGUAAAAAAUACGAGAAUAAUACAAGGAGUUCUGCAAAAUAAAUUGCAGGAUGAAGGAUGUCAUAAUCCGUGUGGCUCCAAUCAUCAUGGGUGCUUGUCUGAAGACCUUUGUAUGGAAAUAUCUUCAAGUCUGAAUCCCUCCCAGUAUGAGGCAGUUUUAGCUUCACUGCAAGCAAUGCAGCGCGAGCAGAUGUCUCAAGUUCAACUUGUCUGGGGGCCACCAGGGACAGGCAAAACAAAAACCCUCGGUACAUUACUAUUUUUCCUCAGGAAGAUGAACAUCAGAACUCUGAUAUGUGCCCCAACAAAUGUUGCCAUCACUGAAGUAGCUGACCGUCUUUUGGAGCUGAUUACGAACAUUUCUUCAAGGGAUUCAGGAGAAACAUCCGACUGUUUGGGAGACAUACUCUUGUUUGGAAACAAAGAACGGCUACGAGUAGGACUAGAUAUAGAAGAUAUAUAUCUGGACUACCGUGUCAAGAGGCUAGCAGAGUGUUUUGCCCCCCUAACUGGAUGGAGAAGUUGUUUCCCGUCCUUGUCAAAUUUUCUCGAGGAUUGUGUUUCUCAGUACGACGUAUUCUUGGAAAACGAGUUGAUUAAGAUGAGGGAACAAGGCGUUGAUGAUGUUGAUGCUACACGACAGAUUGAAUCAUUUCUUGCUUUCUUUACGAGCCGGUUCAAGGCUGCUGCGGAACCAGUCAGGCGCUGUAUUUUUAACUUCCGCACUCAUGUCUCGAAAAGUUACAUUGGUGAACAUAAUCUGGCAGACAUGAUGAUUCUCAAUAAUUUGCUUGACUCCUUUGUAAAGCUGUUGCCUCAAAUUGAUUUGGGUUCUGAUGAUCUGUUGGAACUUUUCUCCUCUGGCGAAGUUGAGGACUCUCUUGUGCUUAGUGUGGGCCCCAACGAUAUUUCUCUGCUUUUGGCAAUGAGGAGAAAAUGCAUUUCCGUCUUAAAAAAUCUGCAUCGAUCUCUUGGUGUUCUUAACCUUCCUAAUAUUAUGAAUAGAGAAUCUAUAACAGAACUCUGUUUCCAGAUGGCAUCAUUAAUCUUCUGUACUGCAUCCAGCUCUUAUAAGCUUUAUACUACACCAAUGGAACCACUAAGUCUUUUGGUCAUAGAUGAAGCUGCACAAUUGAAGGAAUGUGAGUCAGCGAUACCCUUGCAACUGCCUGGUUUACGGCAUGCUAUUCUUUUCGGGGAUGAGUGCCAAUUGCCAGCAAUGGUUAAUAGUAAUCUAUCUAAGGAUGCUGGUUUUGGACGGAGUUUAUUUCAAAGGCUGAGUUUGUUGGGUUGGCCAAAGCACCUCUUGGAUAUGCAGUACAGAAUGCAUCCUGCAAUUAGUUCAUUUCCUAAUGAAGAAUUCUAUUUUAAGCAAAUUCUGGAUUCCCCAAGCGUUCGGCGUAAGAGCUAUGAGAGACAGUAUCUUCCUGGACUGAUGUAUGGGCCUUAUUCUUUCAUAAAUAUCUCUGAGGGACGGGAGGAACUUGAUGAUGAUGGACGUAGUCGAAGGAAUAUGGUUGAGGCUGCAGUUGUGGCCAAAAUCUUGCAUAAUCUCCACAAGGCAUGGCACCACCUGUCUAAAGCCUCGAAAAGGCUUUCUGUUGGUGUAAUAUCACCCUACGCUGCUCAAGUUGUGGCCAUUGAGGAGAUGCUAGGGAGAAGGUAUGAAAACCUUGACAAUUUUGGAGUGCAGGUGAAAUCUGUUGAUGGAUUUCAAGGCGGGGAGGAGGAUGUCAUAAUAAUAUCAACAGUAAGAUCUAAUACUUCUGGAAAUGUGGGUUUCAUAUCAAGUUGUGAACGUACGAAUGUGGCUCUCACCAGGGGAAGGCACUGUCUUUGGGUACUUGGUAAUGAAAAAACUCUAAUUAGAAGCGAUUCAGUUUGGAAAAGAUUAGUCUCCAAUGCUAGGGAGCGUCUCUGUCUUUUCAAUGCUGAUGAAGAUAAGAGCUUGACUGAAGCCAUGAUAGAUAUGAAGAAGGAGCUAAAUCAAAUUGAUGAAUUACUCAACAAGGAUAGUAUACUUUUUAAAACUGCCAGGUGGAAGGUUAUGUUUAGUGACAAUUUUGUGAAAAGCUUUGCAAAGCUUCCAUCUACCCGGGCUAAGAAAUCAGUGAUGAAUCUGCUUGUGAAAUUGUCAAAUGGCUGGCGGCCUAAGAAAGUCAAAACUGAUCCGAUAUGCGAGAGCAGUGUACGAAUUGUGAAACAAUACAAAGUUGAAGGUCGGUACAUUAUAUGUACAAAUGACAUUGUAAAAGAAUCUGGAUACGUCCAAGUGCUAAAGAUCUGGGAUGUUGUGCCACUGGAAGAUGUAACAAAGCUGGUUAAGAGACUUGAUAACAUAUAUGGAGCUUUCACAGAUGAUUUCUUGCAUCACUGCAAAGAGCGUAGUCUUGAGGGGGAGCUAGAGGUCCCAAGGACUUGGAGCAAUUCAAUUGACAUUGUCCGAUUGAAGAGCAACUAUGCUGAGUCAACAAGUGCUUCUGAUGGUGAUUUGGAUGGCACAAUUUAUGCUGAGAAUGCUAAUGUUAGCGAAAGCUUGUUGUUAAUGAAGUUCUACUCCCUAUCUGCGGGUAUAGUAGGUCACCUGUUGUCUGAUUCUGAUGGUAAAGCUUUGGACUUACCCUUUGAAGUAACAGAUGAGGAGCGGCAAAUAAUUAUUCACCCAAAGAGCUCCUUUAUCUUAGGACGAUCUGGUACUGGAAAGACAACUGUGUUAACCAUGAAACUGUUUCAGAAAGAACGACUGCACCACAUGGCUCUUGUAGGCCUUGAUGAAGUGAGUAGAGAUGCAAACAUUGCAAAUGCUACCCCCACUGAAGAGAAUGUAGAGAGUGAAAAUGUUCUACGCCAGCUUUUUGUGACAGUUAGUCCAAAACUGUGUUAUGCCAUUAAGCAUCAUGUUUCUGGUCUGGAAAGAUUUGUACGCAAUGAGAGCUCUCCUAUGGCAAGUGUCCCCAUUGAUGCUGAUGAUAUUGAUGACAGUGAUCAGUUUAGUGGUAUCUCGGACUCUUUUGCUGGUGUUCCUCCGAAGUCAUACCCUCUUGUGCUAACUUUUAACAAAUUCUUACUCAUGCUUGAUGGCACAUUAGGUAUUUCAUACUUCGAAAGAUUUUAUGAUGAACGACAUCAUUCGUACGGAGGAAAUACUAGUACAUCUGCUACUUCCAUUAUGAAAAGGAAAGAGGUUAACUAUGAGAAGUUUAAUUUGUUCUACUGGCCCCACUUCAAUUCACAGCUUACCAAGAAGCUUGAUUCCUCUAGAGUUUUUACAGAGAUAAUUUCCAUCAUUAAAGGUGGUCUCCAAGUAGGGGAAACAAAUGAUGGUAAGCUUAGCCUGGAGGAUUAUCUUUGUUUGUCUGCAGGCCGAACGUCAACUUUGAGCCGGCAGAAAAGAGAGUUGAUAUAUGACAUAUUCCUGACUUAUGAGAAGAUGAAAGCAGAAAGAGGAGAAUUCGAUUUAUCUGAUUUUGUGAAUGAUCUUCAUCGACGGCUCAAACGUGAGAGAUAUGUUGGUGAUGUUAUUGAUUUCGUGUACAUAGAUGAAGUUCAGGACUUGACUAUGCGACAAAUCGCCCUGUUUAAAUAUAUCUGCACAAAUGUGGAUGAAGGCUUUGUUUUUUCUGGUGAUACAGCUCAGACAAUUGCACGGGGGAUCGAUUUCCGGUUUCAGGAUGUCAGAUGUCUGUUCUACAAGGAGUUUUUGAUGAGUGAAAGAAAUGACGUGGCCAAUGGGAGCCAAACACGAGGACAGAUUUCUCCAAUUUCUCAUUUGAGCCAGAAUUUUCGUACCCAUGCUGGUAUACUUAAGUUAGGACAAAGUGUUAUUCAACUCAUUUAUCAUUUCUUUCCUCAUUCUAUUGACAUUUUACCCCCCGAGAAUAGUCUCAUUUUUGGAGAAGCUCCAAUCUUGUUGGAGUCUGGAUCAGAUGAGAAUGCUAUUGUCGCAAUCUUUGGCAAUGCUGGAAAUAUGGGUGGUAGUAAUCUUGUUGGUUUUGGAGCUGAGCAGGUGAUACUUGUACGAGAUGAUUGUGUUCGUAAAGAAAUACUAAGCUAUGUUGGUAAACAUGCUCUCGUGCUAACAAUUGUUGAGUGCAAAGGGUUGGAGUUCCAGGAUGUCCUUCUGUACAAUUUCUUUGGGUCAUCACCAUUGAAAAAUCACUGGAGAGUGCUAUACGAGUAUAUGAAGAUGCAGGAUAUGCUUGAUUCGAAUUUGCAGCCGUCUUUUCCCCAUUUUAAUCCCGGAAAGCACAAUGUUUUGUGCUCUGAGCUGAAGCAGCUAUAUGUUGCUAUCACUCGUACUCGACAAAGAUUAUGGAUUUGUGAGAACAAAGAGGAUGUUUCAAAACCUAUGUUUGACUACUGGAAAAAACUGUGUGCAGUUCAGGUCAGACAAUUAGAUGAUUCACUUGCACGUGCUAUGCAAGUUGCGAGCAGCCCAGAGGAAUGGAAAGCGCGGGGAAGGAAGUUGCUGGCAGUGGAAAACUAUGAGGUGGCAACCAUGUGCUUCGAAAGAGCUGGGGAUAGGCACUGGGAGAUUUAUGCUAAGGCUGCAGGGUUAAAGGCAGCAGCUGGUCGAACUUAUGAAUUAAAUCCUGAAGAGGCUUCCAGUAUUCUCAGACAAGCUGCUGAGCUUUUCGAAAGCAUAAACGUGUAUAGGAAAGCUGCAGAUUGCUUCUAUGAGUUGAAAGAAUAUGACAGAGCAGGUAUAAUAUAUCUUGAGCAAGGUAAGGAGUCGGAUCUCAUAAAGGCCUGUGAAUGUUUCACCUUUGCUGGGCAUUAUGAGCGUGCUGCUGAGGUAUAUGCUAAGUGUAAUCUCUUCUCUGAGUGCCUUUUGUCUUGCACAAAAGGGAAGUUGUAUGACUUAGGCCUGCAGUAUAUUCAAUAUUGGAAACACCAGGAAAUGGGUGGAGAAUUGGACAUGAUUGAACAAGUCUUCCUAGAAAAUUGCGCUCUUUCGUUGCAUGAGCAGGAUGAUAAGAUAAGAAUGAUGAAAUUCGUUAAGGCAUUUAGUUCAGAGGAGUCUAUGCAAACCUUCCUCAAGAAAGUGGGUCGCCUUGAUGAGCUUUUGGACUUGGAGGUAGAAUUAGGAAACUUCUUGAAGGCUGCUGAUAUUGCAAGGGAUAGAGGGAAACUUCAACUUGAGGCAGAUUUAAUGGAAAAAGGCGGGCUUUUUAAGGAAGCUUGUGAACUUUUUCUAUGGUACGCUCUUGCUGGUUGUCUUUGGGAUGAUGGUAAAGGUUGGCCAUUGAAGAAAUUCCUAAAUAUGGAGGAGCUGCUACUGAAAGCUAAAGCCUCUGCUUAUAAUGUUGAGCCACGUGAUCUUUACAGGACUGUAUGUACAGAUAGCCUGAUUUUGUUGAACAGAAACUAUUCAAUGUCUGAGCUGAAAGAAUUUUUGAUCAUUUCUCAAACUUGUAAAAAUCUGAGAGGGGAAAUACUAUCGACCAGAAGAAUCCUGGACUUGAUGCUUCAAGUUGAUAUUUCGAAGUAUGAGCAGGAAAGCGACACCAUAGAAAGUUUGCCUGCGUCACAUCUUGAAAGGAUUUCUCGAAACAAGGUCUCUGUUGAAACACUAAUCUAUGCUUGGAACUUGUGGAAGGACACUGUUUUAAGAAUAUUCAAGUUUCUCGAGGCAGUGGAUGUUAAUGAAACUAGUGAUUUAACCGAACUUGGAGAAUUUUGCUUAAACUACCUUGGGGUUCGAAAGCUGUUUGUUAGUACAGGAACAAUUUAUGUUUGUCUGUACCCUGAUGCUGAAUGGAUGAAGGAGGCUGACAAAAGUUCUUUUGAAAAGUUUGGGAAGUUUGUCAGUGUUGAUAUAGUGCACUUGAAAGCUGCUGCCCGCAACCAUUGGUCCAUAGAGUUACUAUCCACUGGCAUGAAAGUGUUGAAUGCUCUUGAAGCACUUCGGAAGAAUGCAUGGAGGGGUUCUUUGUCUGAAUUUAGAAAGGCUAGGUUAUUUCUCCAUCUUUAUGAAGUUGCACAGAUGCUAUCCUCCCAGAAACCUUUGAAGCAGAAGUAUCAGGAUUUAAAGUCGCUGCGGGGUUACGUUGAUGUUUCAGUAGGAGAAUAUUUUAAAUCCAUGUUUCCUCUCGACUGGAGAAGAUCAGUGAGCAAAAACAUUAUGUUUUUGAGAGAGAGCGAGAUUUCUCAGAAAAUACUAGAAGAAGUCUUAGUACAUAAUGUUCAAGGGACAGAUAUUUUAACAUAUGGGCAACUUGGAUGUGUAGCCAUGGUGUUGCUUGGAUCUCCUAAGGGUAAAAUUGAAUUUUCACAUGUGUUUCUUAGAAGAGUUGAUGAUGAUUCUCCCUGGAAACCACUUCUUCAGGCUGUCUCUCAGUGUACUGAAGCUCAAGGUCAACAGGCCGAGCCCCUUGCUUGCAAGCUUCAUAGAGCUCUAAGGAAUGUUUAUGAUGCCAAUUGGAGGACAAGAGAUUACAUAUUGCCUAGCUGUUUCUUAUAUCUUGUUGACCGUCUAAUGUUAUCCCUUCUGGAGUUUCGUGGCUGUGUACUGAUGACUAGAUCAUCCCUUGUUGAAUGGUUUAAUCAUCUCGAGUGGAAAGCCAACCUCGGUACAUAUUUAGUGUCUGCUGGUGAUGGAUCUAUAUUUUUGCGAGACACUUAUUGCCUUUUGGCUCGCAUACUUCAUCAGCUUCUCAUGAAGAAACAUGAAACUGUGCAAUGGGUUAAAAAAGUUGGCAUUAAUGCAAGGGAACACUUCCCAGUGCUGCUUCUCAGACUAGUUGUUCUAAUGUGCUUGCUUCAUCUAAAUUCCAACGAGUAUAUGGAAGAACUUCUAGAUGUGUUAGGUUGGAACGAAAUUUCUAAUCAAUUACCACAUGCAUUUUCAAGUGCCCUACGAAAAAUGCGCAAGGUUGGCUUUAACAAUGCUGUUGCUGAAGCGCUAAAUGCAAUUGGGGAUCCCCUGGUGGUUGUUAGAACGGGAAAAAAUCUUAAAAGAGUGUCUUGUAGGGGUGCCAUUUAUCUGGAUAUUGUUGACCAGAGUAAAGAGGAGUUGCAGAGUAUCCUAUUUCCGAAUACGGUGAAUGCUUCUGCAGAUAGAGUUAGUGCUGCUGAUUCCAGUUCCACUAGUUUCUCUCAAAAGAAGAAUGAAGGAUGUAUUGAGCUCCAAGAUGGGAACGUUUGGGAAGUUUUUGAUAUGUUGAUGUUGUUGGAGAAGAAAAAUGAGAAAAGUAGGCAAAUCUUUGUGUCUAAUGCACCAAAGAUUAAGGUGCAGAUUGACAACGCGCAUAAACUGAUGACAACCGCGAUAACCAUGCCAUUGAAAAAUGAUACAUGUACUGAUGAUGAGCACAAGCUCUUUCUAGCAGAAGGUGGUUGCCUGCUUCUUGAGUUACGGCUCUUGUCGGCAGCCUUAGAUGCAAGUGGACAACAGCUGAAAGAUAGCAUGUUGUUGGUCGAAGACAGUGCUAAACGACUGCUAUCAGGAAAAUCGGUAUUUGAGUAUUUCCUGAGUCCGCUGAUUCCUCAAACCGAUUGGAAAACUUCUACUCCGGAUAAUCAUGAGGGACGUGUUCCAGAAUUAAGAGAUCAAGGAAAUGCUGAGACUGGUGAUGAUAACAAAUCCGUCGAGGAGGGUCAGAUAGUUGAUUCUUCAGUUGUUGCUACUGUAAAGCAGCCAGAGGACAGUCAAGAUAGAAACCAAGGGAAAGGAAGCAAAAAGCCGAAAAGUGGCAAGAAGAAGAAGGGCAAGAAAAAUCAAUAAUCCAGGAAUAGUCAUGUACAUUAACUUUUGUUGUUAACGUUUUGGUAAACUGCUCUGUAUAUUUGUAAGUAGAUGAUGUUCUUGACUUAUUGUUGCUCAUCUAAAAUGCCUUGAGGUUUUCCUAUGCAGCUAUGCUCCCUUUUUGAGGAUCUUGUACAGGAGCAUGGCUUUAGUGAUGAGCUUAUAGAGUUGUAUAAAGUUGCAGACGUUUUAUUAAAUUGGGUUUGUCAUGA